AUGAGUGAAUCUCAAGAUAACAAAGAAUUCGGUCAAUUAGGGGAUGUCAUUAAGGAAGCCACCGGUGGAGACUCAUCUCUGUCUGGAGUUCAAGGUGCGGCUGCCGAUAAUAUUGCCAAAUUCGAAAAGCUUUCCGAUAAGGAUAAGGAAGAUCUUGCUAAGGGAGCUUUAGGGAAAGUUGAAAAGAAAACACAAGAAGACAAUAAACAAGAAGAAGUUGGAUCCAUUGAGAUUCCUCUGGCAGAAGAAUUACAAUCAAUUGCCAAACGUAUCUUAAAUCCCCAUGGGGAAAAUCCUCAAAUGGACGAAUUCAUAUCAGGAGCAUUUCUGUAUAUUCUGCAAGUAAUGCUUAAAAUGUCUACCACUACAAAUAGAGAAGAAACUGCUAAAGAGAUUGCUCAGGAUUUAACCACUAAGUUCGAAGCUUGGAUUAAGUCCAGGGAAGCAAACCCUGAGGAAUCCAACCAGGAACCACACAAUUGA